CUGGCCCCAAGGGUUCGCCGCAGGGCCGGACCAGUCCCACCCCCUCCCCGCCCCGCGGCAGCUCCGGCAGAGAAACGAAACCGAAGCCGGGGAGGGGCGGAACCGAAACCGACCAGCCGGGACUUCCCGGGCCCUGGCGCGUCCCGUCGGGCUGAGGGUGUGGCCACACGCCUGGCUCCCCCAGGCCCCUCUGACCCCGAUGGGCGAUCCCGGGGCUCUCGCCUCGGGCGGCAGGAAGGUCUGGCUCGCCGUGGCCACCGCGGAACUCGCCAUCAUCCUCAUCCUGGCGGCCGGGCUGGGCCACUUUGUGGCUGAGGAGCGCUGGCUGCACAGCAAGGUGCUGGCCCUGCGGGAGGAGAUGGCGAGUACCAACAAGACAGUGCAGGAGAAGUGGGAGGGCUGGGACGUGUGCAAGAACCACACGCACGUCCUGCAGAGGAAUGUCACCAACCUGACCCAGGAGGUCACCCGGCUAAACAGCGACAUUGCCCAGCAGGAGGUGGAAAAAGGCAGGUUACGAGAUGAAAUUAGCACCUGGAAAAACACAGUCCAGCAUCUCCAGGAGCAAAAGGAUCAGUACCACAGGGAGGUCACCUGGCUGCAGCAGCAGCUCCAAAGACACCAGGAACUUCGCUCCAGUGUGAGCAGCACCAGGCUCCCCAGCCUCCUGCCUCUGCUGGCCGCCCCCCUCGCUGCACUGCUCCUCUGAACGGAGCCAGGCAGGGAGCCUUCAGCACCCAGGUGGGCCAACAUUUUUAUGGCUGACUUACAACAACGCUUCCUCAGCUCUCGUCCCCUAACGC